UGUUGGGCUUCUGUCAUGCUAACAAAUGGCAAACAAGAGGUGGUGAAGACUUGCCUUUCCAUCCUAGAACUGAAUGCAGAAGUCUUCUGCCAUGAUUCAAAGUCCAUCACAAGGAGGAAAUGCUGCUACACAGACUUCUGCAACAAUGUCACUAUUCACCUGCCCAUAGGUGAGGAAUCUUCAAGCAAACCGAAGCUGAGACCGGUAGAGGUAACAGUGAUUAUAACCAUACCAGUAUGCGUCUUGUCUGUAGCUAUGCUGCUGACUUUGUAUACAUAUCAAGGCCCCCACUGCAGAUUCAGGAAGAAAAAAAGGCCAAACGUUGAAGAACCGCUAUCAGAAUGCAGUCUGGUGAACCCUGGGAAAACACUCAAAGAUCUGAUUUUUGACAUGACAACCUCAGGUUCUGGAUCUGGUUUACCUCUUCUCGUCCAAAGAACUAUUGCAAGGACUAUUGUUCUUCAGGAAAUAGUAGGAAAAGGUCGAUUUGGUGAAGUCUGGCGUGGAAAAUGGUGUGGAGAAGACGUAGCUGUCAAGAUCUUUUCCUCGAGGGACGAAAGGUCUUGGUUUCGUGAGGCAGAAAUCUAUCAGACAAUUAUGCUGAGGCAUGAAAAUAUCCUUGGUUUUAUUGCUGCUGAUAACAAGGAUAAUGGAACUUGGACUCAGCUGUGGCUUGUGUCUGAAUACUACGAGCAAGGCUCUUUGUUUGACUAUUUAAAUAGCAACACCGUGACAGCUGAGGGGAUGAUUAAACUGACGUUUUCCAUUGCGAGUGGCCUCGCACAUCUUCAUAUGGAGAUUGUGGGUACACAAGGCAAGCCCGCUAUUGCACACAGAGACCUGAAAUCUAAAAACAUUUUAGUGAAAAGGAAUGAGACCUGUGCCAUAGCUGAUUUGGGGCUGGCUGUGAAGCACGACUCUGUAUUAAACACCAUUGACAUUCCUCUGAAUCCUCGAGUGGGUACAAAGAGAUACAUGGCUCCAGAAAUACUUGAUGACGCCAUGAACAUCAAUAUCUUUGAGUCGUUCAAACGGGCCGAUAUCUACGCUCUUGGUCUAGUGUACUGGGAGAUAUCACGAAGAUGCUCAGUGGGAGGAAUUGUUGAGGAAUAUCAGUUGCCUUAUCAUGACGUCGUUCCUUCUGACCCCUCCAUAGAAGAGAUGAGAAAAGUAGUCUGUGAACAAAAGCUUAGGCCAAAUAUCCCAAAUCAGUGGCAAAGCUGUGAGGCACUCAGAGUAAUGGGCCGGAUAAUGCGGGAAUGUUGGUACGCCAAUGGGGCAGCUCGCCUGACGGCACUUCGCAUUAAGAAGACCAUUUCUCAGCUCUGUGUACAAAAAGAUUCCAAAGCUUAAGUUUGCACAUGCUUCAAGAAAGGA